AUGGGGAGAGUGGCGGUGGUGAUUCUAGGGGCUCUUGUCUGCGGAGCCCUGGCUAUAUCAGGCCACGUGAUUGUGUCAGACAAGAAUCCCGUUUACAAAGACGCUUCUGGAAACACUUACGUACCAAGGCACUGGAUCCUGGAAACUCAAGAUGAAGUGUCAGAAUAUGACGCCGAAAUUUAUGGACGCUAUGGAAAGAAGUUCCUUCCAGCCAAACUGGUUCAUGGGCUUUAUGAAAAUAUAUACCCAAACGUUUACCCAGUUAGUGGUGCUUUUGCUGAUGCCGUGAGGUAUAGUAGCGAAGGGUAUUUCCAUGAAGGAUACAAUAGCAGCCCUGCUUUCAAGAAACUACCUGGAAAAGUUCAAGUUCUCUUCAAAGAAGAAUCGGAGGAUGGUGGAAAGACCUUAAGUUCGCCCAGAGCAAGAACUACGAGGGACCUCUCGAGGAAACGAAGAACUUCUCCUCCUAAGCUAGAUUUAGGUGGACUGUUUAAAGGAGGAGGUCUUGGAGGCGGAGGUGGAUUUGGUGGAGGCGGUGGGAAAGGAGGAGGUGGCAGAGGUGGUGGAUUUGGCGGAGGUGGUGGAUUUGGCGGAGGUGGUGGUGGAUUUGGAGGGGGAGGAGGAUUUGGAGGAGGAGGUGGAGGACUUGGUGGAGGCGGUGGGUUUGGAGGAGGAGGGGGAGGGCUAGGUGUGGGAGGUGGGUUUGGAGGAGGAGGAGGAGGACUAGGUGGAGGAGGAGGAGGAGGACUAGGUGGAGGAGGAGGAGGAGGACUAGGUGGAGGAGGAGGAAUUGGUGGGGGUGGUGGGUUUGGAGGAGGCGGAGGGGGAGGAGGACUUGGAGGUGGAGGUGGAUUAGGAGGAGGAGGUGGUGGGUCUACUGGUGGAGGUGGAGGAAUUGGGGGAGGGGGUGGAAGUGGUGGUGGAAUAGGAGGUGGAGGCGGUGGUGGACAGGGAAGUGGAGGAGGUGGAGGUCAUGGAGGAGGAAGUGGUGGAGGAUUUGGUGGAGGUGGAGGAGGAGGCAUUGGCGGAGGAGGAGGGAUUGGCGGAGGAGGAGGCGGAGGCAUUGGUGGAGGAGGAGGGAUUGGCGGAAGGUAG